UCUCCCUAGCCCGCCUCUCUGUAGCAGAGAGGCAGAGCGCGCACGCAUUCCAUUUCUGGUUGUUUUCUUGCUUUCAUGUUUUCUGUAGCUUUGUAGUUUUCUUCUUCCCUCCCGCCCCUACAGGCCGCAGCUGCAUGAAAAUCCUCCAAUGGAUUACAGUUGGCGGACUGAACUGCCACACAAUCCAUCAAACCCUCUCCCACCAAGGGACCCACACUCUCAAAUCUUCUCUUCUCAUUUCUCCUAUUUCUCUCACCAACCGCAAAACCCUAACCCUAAUCCCAACCUUACCUUCCCACUAGCAGCUCCUCCAGCGACCCAUGAAGGCUACCAAGCUGCGGGUUUUGAUUCAGGCCUCGCGCCUCCUGGAACGCACUCUUCCGUGAGCUCAUACUUGGAUGGCCAUGGAGAUUAUCAAGCCCAGCCCGGCGUGGCGUACGGCCGUCAGACGGCGGACACGGCGUAUUAUCAUGACCCAAAUGUGCAGAAUUGGCCGUACGGGACGAACCCGAUCGCGUAUGCCACUGGUACCACUGUGCCUUCAAAUGGGACCGCGUAUUCAAACACAAGAUUGUGGAUGAAACCGACAGGUCGACCUCAUGGAAAUGGCAGCUCAAGGAAGGGAACAAAGAAAACCAAAGUUACUAAGAUUGUACAAUCAGCAUGGUGUGAAGUUUGCAAUGUUGACUGUAACACAAAAGAAGUCCUUGAGCAGCAUAAAGUGGGAAAGAAGCACAAAAAGAGCCUGGAGAAACUAAAUAGUAAGAGGGCCCCUGCUCCCAAUGCUUCAGGAGGGUCAGAGAAUCCCACAAUUGGAUCACAAGAAAAACCAGAUAAGUCUAAAUCUGUUGCUGCGCAUAAAAGUAGGAAGGCUGAGCAAGCAGAGGAUUUGGAGAUAAAGAGGAGGAAGAUGGUGGCAUCUGGGGCAGCUGUUGAUGCUGUCAAGGUAUGUGCUUUAUGCAAUGUGGUGUGCAAUAGCGAGACGGUAUUCAAAUAUCAUCUUGCGGGACAGAAGCAUGCGGCCAUGGCGAAGAAACAACAAAAUCAAGUGUUAUGUCUCACCAGAUGGGAUCGGCUAUAUGAAUCAUUUUUCGCCAAUUUAUACAAUCAUGUACCAUCAAUCCGAAAGCAAGCUGUCAUCUAUUGGGAUCUAAAAGUAUUACAUUAA